GACAGGAAGUGGGUGGGGAACCGGGAAAGGUUCGAAGCUCCAAACCUUAGGGAAAAGCUUUGGUCAGACUCGGUGUCUGGUCUGGAGCGCUGGGUGUGGUGGUUGGUGGCUUCGGAAGCCCGCCCCCUAGCUCAGCCCUAAGUGGGAGGAGAGAGCCGGUAAGAAAGUUCAGUGUCAUCUCCGAGGCCUAGGACUUAAAGGAAGGGAAGAUCCUAGGAGAGGGAGCCGGCUGCACUCCCUCCUCCCCACGUCUAGAAACCUGUUGGCUCUCAGCUACACCCCCUGGACUUCCCUUCCUGGGCCCUGGAGCUUCUCCUCUGGCCAGGCGAAAGAAUGGCUACUCUGGGGCUGGAGGAGAAGCUGGUCUGUGUCAUCUGCCUGGAGCUGUACCAGGAAGCGGUCACUCUGCUCUGCGGCCACAACUUCUGCCGUAAGUGCAUCGAAGACUACUGGGACCGCGGGGAGAUCGACUGCCCUCACUGCCGGACCCUGUUCAAGCUGCGCCCCGCACUGCACAAGAACGGGGCUCUGUGUGAAGUGGUGGAGUCCCUGCGGGCGGCUGAAGGGCAGCCGGCGGCGACGGAGCCCGCGCUCGGCCCGUGCCCCGCAGCCCGGUGCCCUCGUCACGGGCGAGCCCUGGAGCUCUAUUGCAGGACGGAGAAACGGUGCAUCUGCUGCGUCUGCACCGUGGGUCAGUGCGAGGGCCACUUGCGGGUCCUGGCUGAUGUGGAGCGCAAGGAACAGGAGAAAUGGCUGAAGGAGCAGCUGGAGGAAAAUCAGAAUCAGAAAAUCAAGAUUGAUGAGCAACUUAAGGAAUUGCAGGAUGAGACUGACAGGAUCCAGAAUUCGGCCAACACUCAGGCCGUGGCCAUCUCUGAAAAAGUCACUUGUCUGCUGCGGACCCUUGAAGCACGGCGGGAUAAGGCACUCCAGAACAUCGAACGGGAAAAGAUGGCUGUCCUGGCCCAAGCCAAGGAGACCAAACAGUGUCUUCAGGACCACCUGGAGCUCCUGGCACAGAACACCCAGCAGAUCCAAGAGCUGCUGACCUGCCCCAAUGAUGUGGGCUUCCUCCAGAGGUCUCCACUUCUGACACUUCCUGGGUCUUUGGCAUCAGCGCCCUCACUGAAGUGGGAUGAAGAUGUCCAUCAGCUGAACGAGCUGAAGAAGAUGCUAGACCAAAUCUAUCAACUCCUGCUGAGGAACGAGACUGGCCCUGGGAUGCCUAGAGACGUUGAUCCUGGUUUCAAGGAACCGACCCCAGGACCAGUGUGCCGUCUGAGGAAGGAACUGAGACAGAAUUAUCGCAAUCUCACCUUUGACCCUGACACGGCCAACCAUCACUUCCACCUAUCCCGCCAAAACCAGCGGGUAAAGCAUGACUCUGGCUCCCAGCUCGACACCCAGCCCGGGAGGUUCCAGCUAUGGCAGGUGCUGUGUGCCCAGAGCUUCGAAGCAGGAAAGCACUACUGGGAGGUGGAAGUGUCGGACCAUUCGGUGACGCUGGGUGUCACCUACCCUGAACUUGCACGGAAAAACGUGCCCGGGCAGACAGACAACAUCGGGAGGAAUCGUCACUCCUGGGGGCUCCGCGUGCAGGAGGAGGGCUGUCAAGCCUGGCACGAUGGGAAGGUCCAGCGACUUCUGGGCACCCCUGGGCACCUUCUGGGAGUGGAGCUGGAUCUGUCCGUGGGACGCCUCUCCUUUUACAGCUUGGAGCCGCGGGUCCAGCUCCUCCACGUCUUUGACGCCUUCUUUACCCAGCCUCUCUCCCCUGUCUUCUGGCUCUGCGAAGGCAGAACCAUCACCCUGUGCCAGGUGGCCGGGGCCAAGCCGUGUUCUGGGCCCCAGGGAGAGACGCUUGGUCCCAGAAGAACAGUAGCUAACGAAGCUGGGGCUGGGGGUGGGGGGAGCCCAGAUAAAUAAAUAGUGGUUAUGUUGAAGAAACAGCAGGGACCAAGCUUAGGUCCAGAUGUGAAGCCCCUGUGCCUGCUUUUCAGCAAAUCCUGUUCUUUUUGAAGCCUCAGUUUCCCCAUUUGUGAUGCCUGGAUGUGUGUUUGUUUCCACCCCCACCCUCCCCUUCCUCUCAGCAUAUUGACUGCUUGAAUACUAGAAGGAACCACAGAGCAGAGAAAAAACCUCUUCCAAGUUUGGACAGUCUUAGCGUAGAGGUGGAGAAAUGUUCCAAACAUUUCUUCUCUGGUUGCUUUCACGUUGUUAUGUUUUGUUUUUUUAACCCAUAAUUUUGGGGUUACUUUCUUACAUCCUGUGAAUUUUAUUUUGUGCAUUUUGAACACAUUUUUCCUAAAAGGAGAUCAUUAGCUUCUAGACUCAGUACUGUGUAUUGCUUCCAAGGCAGAAGAGAGGUAAAGGUUAAGCAAUGGGGGUUAAGUGACUUGCCCAGGGUCACACAGCUAGGAAGUAUCUGAUGCCAGAUUUGAACCCAGGACCUCCUGCCUCUAGGCCUGACUCUCAAUCCACUGAGCCACCCAGCUGUCCCCUCUGUUACUUUGUGUUAGAAAAGAAAUUGUUGGGUUUUCUGUCUGACCUUCAUAGAAUGGCAGGAACAGGGAUGAGAGAAGAAUAAAAUGUGGGCCUGGGGAGGUCGGCAAGGACACAGGCAGUCUCAUAAAUUAAUCACAGGAUUUAAAGCUGGGAGCUCUAGAGACAGCCCUCAAGUUCAAGCCUUUCAUUUUAUAAAGAAGGAACCUGAGGCAUAGACGAGCUGACUACCCCAGUCAAGCCACCCAUCUCUUCCAACUCUUUCUGCUCUCUCUCAAUUCAGAGCUGUGAAAUGGGGAUAGGAUGGAAGAAGUAAUCUUAAGGACCUUCCAAGGGGGUUAAGUAAAACACAUGUACACAUAAAUUAAGAAUGUUUACAAAUGGAAAGUGAGGUGGCUCAAUGUAUAGAGAGCCAGGCCUAGAGAUUGGAAGUCCUGGGUUCAAAUGUGGCCUCAGACACACUCAGAUCACACUGAGCUGUGUGAUCCUGGGCAAGUCACUUAACCCCCAUUGCCCAGCCCUCCAAGACUCUUCUGUCUUGGAGGCAAUACUCAGUAGAGUUUCUAAGAUGGAAGGAGAGGGUUUAAAAAAAGAAGAAUUUACACAUGGGUUUAGGGGUUGCCUCAGGAAUAGCCUCUAAUUUGAGAGUUCAGGGAGUAGGCCUUCCACAGCUGCGAUUCUUAACCUGAGUGUCUAUAAACUUUAAAAAAUAUAUUUUGAUAACUUUUUUAAAAAUUGGUUUUCAUUAUGAUCUUGUAAAUUGUAUUUUGUGCAUUUAAAAAAUAUAUUUUUCCUAAAAGGGUGUCAGACUCCUCAAAGGUUUGGGUCACUAAAAAGGAUACAAUUCUCUCUACCCUAAAAAGACAGAGGGUGGUGGUCCAAGCACCAGCUCUUGGAAAAAAAGAGCAACCACAAGACCUACUUUAGAGUGCAGAGCCUUGAUCUUGUGGGAGAUGGGGAUUUGGGGGGAGAAGAAGGAAGCCCAGACUUUAACACCCUGUCUUCUCCUCACUGUUAUAGGGAGCUGUUACAACAGGUCAAGUGGGAUGGAAAGGGAAGAAUGAAAGAGCAGGUAAGUGUCACAGUGGAUUGAGAGUCAGGCCUAGAGAUGGGAGGUCCUAGGCUCAAAUCUGGCCUCAGACACUUCCCAGCUGUGUGACCCUGGGCAAGUCACUUAACCCCCAUUGCCUAGCCCUUAGCACUCUUCUGCCUUGGAACCAAUAACCAGUAUUGAUUCAAAGAUGGAAGGUAAGGGUUUAAAAAAAAGAAAAGAAAGAAAGGGGAAGAAAGAAAGAGAGAGAGAAAGGGAUAAAGAAACUGAGAAAAGAAAGAGAAAGGGAGAAAGAAAAGAAAAAAGGUAGGAAGCAAAGAAAGAAAAAGGGAAGGAGAGAAAGAAGGGAAGGAAGAAAGAAAAAGAAAGAAAGAAAAAGUAAGAGAGAAAGAAAGAAAGAAAAAGAAAGAAAGAAAGAAAGAAAGAAAGAAAGAAAGAAAGAAAGAAAGAAAGAAAGAAAGAAAGAAAGAAAGAAAGAAAGAAAGAAAGAAAGAAAGAAAGAAAGAAAGAAAGAAAGAAAGAAAGAAAGAAAGAAAGAAAGAAGGAAAGAAGGAAAGAAAGAAAGAAAGAAAGAAAGAAAGAAAGAGGAAGAAAAGAAAAAUGAAGGGGAGAAAAGGAAAGAAAAAAGGAAAGGAAAGAAAGAAAAAGGGAAAAGGAGAGAAAGAAGGAAAAGAAGAAAGAAAAGGAAAGAAAGGAAGGGGAAGGAAAGAGAGAAAGAAAAGAGGAAGGAAAUAGAAAAGAAAGAGGAAAGAGGGAAAGAAAAAAGGGAAGAAGGAGAGGAAGAAAGAAAGAAAAAUUGAUUCUGAAGGGACCUACUGUGAGAGAUUUAUGUGUUUUCUAUAUCUAUUUAGGAGCUGCUGUGAGUCUUUUCUGCCCAAGGGAAACAAAGGCUGGCCUGUUUCUCCCCAUCUUCCCUAAAUUAAAUGUUUACACAGCAGCAUAUGCCCCAAAAUAGUCAGCAGAAUGCAAACUUUCUGGUGUGAGUCAAACAUUGAGGUCAAGAGGAGUAAAUGGAUUAUGGGGCUAGGUGGGGUCAGCCAGGGAAGAUGUGCCAAGGAACUGAUUCUGGGGUGUUUAUAUGGAAGUCUAUAUGGAAGGGGCAUGAAGGAGCCCCUUCCCUGCCCCAUGUUGGGGUGGCUCCGUGUUUGUCCUGACUCCUUUAGCCUGGUGGAUCUCGCCCAGGCUCCUUAGGCAUCUGGCGUGAUGCUGACAAGCCUCAGCCUCAGUCUCAGUCUCUGCUUCCCAACACCUACCCAAUGUGAGUGAGGGAAAGAUGGGACAACUUUCUCAUUUCCUGCAGUCAGGUCAAGGGGCCUCCAGUUCUACGGAUGAGGAGCUUCUUGGGAGACCAAGAGAUCUCUGAGAGCCAGAGACUCAGCUUCUGCCAAUCUGGGAUCUGAGUUAUCAAAAUAGCAGCAAUAACCAUAAUAACAGUGUGUCCAGGAAAUUCAUUCCCUCCCCCUCCUGAGUAGCCUGACCUGUCCUUUAGCAUUCCUCACAACACAGUUAUGCCAGGUUUCAUCCAUUUGGGGCUGUAUGUCAAUAAAAGGGAGGGGGCAGGUCUUUUCUGGGCUGAGGUCUUCAGAGGUUAAGGGAUCCAAUGAGGGUCACACAAUUAUUGAGUGUUGAAUCAAAAUUAGAAUUCAGGUUUUCCUAACUUCUGGUCCAGCCAUAAUGCCAUCCAGCUAUAGAAAUUAGGGCUCUUCAUAGCUAUAAUUGGUAUGAAAGUUUAUUGAGUUUGAGGAAUUUAAAAAUGGGGAGAUCUGAUCACUCCCCCCCCCAAUUCCAUUCCUUUAUUUGGCAGCAAAUGCCUCUACAAAUGAGGGAUUUUGCAAUAAACCAUCCACACUGAAAUGGAGGAAACCCUCACAUAAGAUUUCAAUGUCUAAUGGAGAUUUAUUUUAAUAAAUUGAUAUUUUUUGCA